UUCAGAAGAACAGUUCUGAAUCACGAAUCGGACACUGCUUAGCAAACGAAUCAUUAAGCUACAACAUCAAAAAAAGAAGCCAUUUCUAAAACAAGUCAUCUUUAAAGCGAAAUACAUUUUGUCGUUUUGGUGUCCAGCAGCAGAUCAUUCAGAGCAGAGCAGAGCAGAGCAGCAGGGUGUCUUCAGAAGCAGGAGAGAGAGAGGGAGGGGAUUUUACGAGUCCUCGCUAAACUUCAGACCGAGAGUUGAAAGCGAAAGCGGAGAUGAGUCGAGCGGCAGUGCCGUGUUAGCAUUCAAACAUGGACAAGAGAGGAUUCCGAGCAAUGUUGCUAGAAAUUUCCGACAAGCUUACAGAUGAUAACGUGGCCAAAUUAAAGUUUUUGUGCACUGACGUCGGCAUCGGGAAGAAAAAACUUGAGAAAAUCGACACCGGGAUUGAACUCUUCGAGUGCUUGAUCGAAAGAACUGCAAUUGGGCCUGAAAACACUGAGCUUUUACGAACACUUCUUGACAAAGUCGGUCAGACAGUUCUUAUUGAAAAAAUAGACGAUUAUGACAGGCAAACGUCAAGAAGCCCGGCUGGUGGUCUGGACGCGAAAGAGCGAGAGAGAAUCAACACAGCAACCGAAGUAGUGGUUGAGCAGCUGGGUAAAAAGUGGCCCUCCGUUGGAAGAAAGCUGGGGCUUCAGCAGACACAGCUGGAGGGAAUCCAGGAGAAGCACAGCCGUGAUCUGGAGGAGCAGGUCAGAGAGCUCAUCAGACAGUGGAUGAGGAUCAAGAAGGAGAACGCCCGAGUGGAAGAUCUCAUUCAAGCGCUGCGAGACUGCAAACAGAACCUCACCGCUGAUCUCGUGGAGAGAAAACUCAGGGAACUUUAAAAACAAAAACAACUUCACACCAUUUUGUGUUUUUUGGAAGCUGUUGGAAAAAAGGAGAGAGCUUUUUGUAAUUACUGUGAAUUUCCUUUAUCUUAAGAGCAAAAUAACUCUAAAUCGUUUACAGAUCUUCCUGAAGGAGUCGAGCACAGCUUUUGUUCAGGAUAAUGAAUUAGAUAAUAUAUUUGUACAGCGUUAUUAUAUUGCAGGGCACGAUAUUAUUGAAUAAUGAGUGUCUUAAAGGGAUAGUUCAUCCAAAAAUGAAAAUUUACUCACCAUUUACUCUCUCUCAAUGGGUUACAAACCUUGCUAAACACAUUCUAAAGAAAGCUGAAAACUGGUAACCAUUAACUUCCAUUGUAGGAAAAACAAUUACAAUGAAAGCCAGUGGUUUUGAAAUAUCUCCUUUAGUGUUUAACAAAAGAGAGAAACUUGAAGGUUGAGUAAAUGAUGACUUUUGUUUUUUGGGUGAACUAUCCCUUUAAAACAACACAUCUGAUUUACCCUUUGAAAAGCAUUAGAAUGGUGCAGUUUUUACAGAACACUCAUCAAAUGACACUGUUCUUGUAUUGACUGAUUCUGGCAGAGGAUGUCUGACACUUAAUCAAUGAAUAAAGGGACCAGCGAUGCUUCAACAGGC